AUGACAGGAUGGGAUUGUUCCGUUUGUUCGCGUACUUUUGUCUCUCAAGCUGCUCGUGCUGCCCAUAUUAACAACUCCUCUCGCCAUCCACGAUGUGUCCCUUGUAACCGUGGCUUUCUUGACGAAGCCAGCAAGUUGCAACACAUUCGCACCUCCAUGCUGCACCAUUACUGUCUGCCUUGUGAUCGUGAAUUCGUGUCCAGUCAGGCUCUUGACCAGCAUCGACAGAAUGCCACCGUGCAUCGCAAUACAUGGCAGGUCCGAGUCAGUCGCAGUGAUGAGUCCUCCGAUAACUCGGAUCCGGAUGUCGGUGUACACUAUAUCGGACACCCCGACGAAUUCGAUGGCGAGUGGGAAAGUGCCGCCGAUACUGCUUCUGUUGCUUCUGGAGAUAAUGUUGGCGACGCGGACCUUUCCUCUUAUCUGGCAGACCGUAUAGAACAAAUAGUUCUUGCUGAGCAAGAAAGCAACUCUUGGAAUCCAACCGAAUACCCACAUUUUCUUACCUCUGUACGGUUUGUAGGUGAUGACGGCGAGAGUGAAAGUGAGGGCGACGACGGAAGCUAUCUCGAACCCAACUCCGAGGAAGAUGACACCUAUUCCGAAGAAGACAGUGACGAGGAAGACGCGAACUCUGACCUCGAGCACUCCUCCGCCUCCUCCGAUUCAGAUUCCGACGACCCAUCGGAGACUCCAUUUGCGCUCGCCGCCGCCGCCCGCCGGAGGUCGCCUAUUCGCGGGCCCAUACCCACUUCGACCAAUGCAUCCGAGCCUAGAACAUCAUCUUCUUCACCUACAACUACCUCGUCUUGCUUUACCCUUUCUGACGCGCAAACCUCCGGCGGUCUAGGAGACGAGAAGCGGACGUUACCGUCAUUCAGCGGAUAUACUUGUCCGUUGUGUCUUGAGCAGGAUGGCGAACCUUCGUUGGAGUUAUCGAGUAUCAAAUGUGGGCAUGUGUUCUGCACGCCGUGUCUCACAAAGGCACUUAAAAAGAAGAGGCAGUGCCCUAUUUGUCGGUCGCAUGCAAAGACAGCGCACUUGCGCCGCAUCUACCUAAGUUUCUAA